ACACAAUUCAUUUAACGUGUUCAGAAUAGAUGCACCACCGCAUUAGAUCGAUACGCAAUCAAUAAACGGACACAAUUUAGAAUUUAUAAUGGCAACUCAAUCUUGUUUUUGGAGUGAUAUAUUUGACGAACAAUCAAGAGCUAAUUUAAAUACAGGCUUUGUCGUAACAGGGGCCGUUUCUACAUUGUUGGGAUCCUGGUUAAAUUUGGCCUUGUUACUGACGAAUCUACGGAAGGAUUUGUGCUACCGUAAUUUUGCCUUUUUCGCUUUCAUCGCAUGUGUCAGACGCGCCGUAUCUUUAUUGACCCAUCUUCCCCUUCUUAAUUACGCUGAAAUUUCCGGUGAAAAUAUGUCUUGUAAUUUUUAUGGGUUUUGGGAGACAUUUUUUGGCGUGUUAGAAGUCGAAUGUCUUACUCAUGUUUGCAUUGAGAGAUAUGUUGUUGCUAAGUAUAAUACGAGAGGAUGGCCAAUACAAAAGAACCAUUAUAUACUGUAUCCAUGUUUAUGUGUGCUUUUCGCGCUCGCAUAUUCCUGUCCUCCUCUUUUUGGAAUUGGCAAAUACGGGUUGGACUUUUCGUGCCAGUCAUGUAUCUUGGACAUGGUUUUACCGAUGACAUGGCAUAGAUACGUUGUUGUUGCUAUAUUUCUACUUCGAAGCGUUAAAUCUACAGGAUUCAUGCUUACUAUGUUGAUAUGGGCUAGAAAUUUAGAAGCGAAAUAUAAUGAUUCAACUGAACUAAUGAAGGAGAUGCGCUUUACUGAAAGUGUGAUAGUUGUAACUAUCGUAAAUUUGAUUUGCUGGAUGCCCAUUGCUGUCCUGCGAGGGUGGGUGGUACUGUCCUAUUUGCUCUCCGAUAAUGUGCAUAUCAAACCAUCUGCAUGUGUUAUGCAAUGGGCUAUAUGGAUUCAUUGGAUCUCGCCUGCAAUAACUGCGAUGGCAAUGUUUGUAGUCGAUGACAGAGCACACAAGAAAAUGCUAAACGUCUGCAAUGAUGAAGAAGUGAAUGAAGAAAACAAAAAGAAAGAAUGAAUAAUCCCUCCGUCUUUGAAACUCCGAGCUCAGCACAGCUUUUAAUAUAAUUAUUGCACAGUAACCGGCAAAUUUUAUCACGAAGUUAAUCUGUGUUUAUUAUUUAACUUUUUCUGAGUAAUCUCUAAAUGCAGCAAUGAAGUCUCUAAAUUAUCCCAA